GUGUAUGAGGUAUAGAGCCGUGUAGAGGGUGUAGAGUUAGCUGUUUCACCUUUGUAGAUCAAAAAACAUAAAUGUUCUCUUAGUUUUCUGUUACUUGAAAGGGUGUUGCAGUUAUGUAACAAACAGUCUUGCAUAUAUAUUUCUGGCAUGGUCUUGUCACCUAUAUUGUAAAAUUGGGCAAACCUCAAAGGUUCUAAGGGUGCAAGAGAUGCAGUCUCUUGAAACAAGAGUGCCAAAAAUUAUACUGCAGAGAGCUGAAGAAAUGUAUCCUCCCCUGAAGGAAGGCUUGCUGAACAGUGAUUCAGUCAAAGUAGAAAAUGGGAUGGAUGUUCUGAGUGAAGGAGAUUCUGCUGACACAAAGAGCAACAAUGAGGUUUACACGCCAUUGUUAACAUUUCCCAUGCAGAAGGCUGAACCUGAGCAGACCAUCAGUGCAGUCAAGCUAGAAGAUGAAGUAGAUGUUCCAAAAGAAUAUUGCUUUGACAUGGAAACUGAUAAAGCUUACAUACCAUCAACAUUUUCCAUGCAAAAGGCUAAACCUAAGAACUGUAUGGAUUUCCUGACGGUUGAGCCUGGAUCAAGUAGCGAGGCAUGUCCAACAUCUUCUCAUGAUGGGAAUCAGAUCAUUGACAUAAAAGUUGAGGUCUCAGACACUCAGGAUGUGGAGGAUCCGCUGCUAAUAACAUUAUCAGAAAUAAAGGCUGAACAUGAGAGCAUUCUACAUCAUCAGCUGAUAGAUGGAGCAGAGCAGCCAUAUCUCAGCAGUAAGAGUGAUCUUAUUGUACACAAAUGCAUACCCAUUGGGAAGCAGCCAUAUUCGUGUGAUGUGUGUAAUAAAACAUUCAGCUUCAAGAAUGUUCUGACCAUACACAAACGAAUCCAUAGUGGGGAGAGACCAUAUUCGUGUGAUAUGUGUACUAAAUCAUUCAUUGCUACGAGUACUCUGAAUAGACAUCAACUGACACAUAACGGGAAGCGCCCAUAUUCUUGUGAUGUAUGUAGUAAAUCAUUCAGGAGGAAAGAUUCUUUGCAUAUGCAUGCACGUGUACACACUGGGGAGCGGCCAUAUUCCUGUGAUAUGUGUAACAAGACAUUCAGUAUUAGGGGAGUCUUGAAGAGACAUUUACGCAUACACAGUGGGGAACGCCCUUAUUGUUGUGAUGUGUGUAAUAAAGCAUUCAGCAGGCCGAGCAUUCUCAGGGCACAUCAACGCAUUCAUAGUGGGGAGCGGCCGUAUUCAUGCCAUGUCUGUAAGAAGUCAUUUAGAAUGCAAAGUAACAUGAAAGAACAUCAACGUAUACAUAAUGGAGAACGUCCUUACUCUUGCGAUGUAUGUAAUAUGUCAUUUGGCUUUCUUAGUAAUUUGAAGAGACAUCAGUGCACACAUAUUGAAGAGGGACCAUAUUCCUGUGAUGUGUGUAAGAAGUCGUUCAGACUGGAGAGUAAUUUGAAGGAGCAUAAGUGCAUACAUAGUGUGAAGCGUCAGUAUUCCUGUGAUAGAUGUAAUGCGUCAUUCUGUUAUGUGAGUAAUUUAAAGAAACAUCAGCGUAUACACAAUGAAUAUCCUUAUUCUUGUGGUGUAUGUAAUAAAUCAUUUGGUUAUCAGAGUAGUUUUAAGGCACAUCAACGAAUACAUAGUGGGGAACGACCAUAUUCCUGUGGUGUAUGUAAUGCAUCAUUCAGAGUUGUAAGUAUCCUGAAGGCUCAUGAACGGAUACAUGAUGGAGAGCGUCCAUAUUUGUGUGGUGUAUGCAAGAAGUCAUUCAGUUACCAGAGCAAUUUGAAGUCCCACCAAAGCAUACAUGUCGGGGAACGUCCCUAUUCCUGUGACAUAUGUAAUAAAUCAUUUGCCAGGCAAGACAAUCUCAAGACACAUCAAGGUACUCAUACUGGAGAGCGUCCAUAUUUUUGUAAUGUGUGUAAUAAAUCAUUCAACAGACCGAGUAGUCUAAAGGCACACCAGCGUGUUCAUAGUGAGGAGCGUUCUUAUGGUUGUGAUGUGUGCAAUAAAUCCUUUACUACACAGCGUAACUUGACGAGACAUAAAGAUAUACAUGGUGUGAAGGGUCCUUAUUCCUGCGAUGAUUGUAGUAAGUCAUUCAGUUACCAGAGUAGUCUGAAGGUUCAUCGGCGCAUUCAUACUGGGUAGUCAUGUGGAACUGUUUAACAUUCAGUGCAUAUUGAAGAAAUAAGAGCAUAUAUAGUGGAGAGCUCCCAGUUUUGUAAAAUUUGUCAAUGCACAAUGUAAAUUGAAGUGACUUCAACACAUGUUAUGUUUAAGAGAUUCAUAAUGUUUUGUGUAAUAAAUUAUUUUGAAUGUGUAGUAUUAAAACACACGAAUAUGUUCACAUUAAAAAUGUGUAUAUUCUUGAACUGUAAAGGUAAAAAAGUUGUCCCUGUGCAUAAUUAAACACUAUUCCACCCUCUCAAUGCCAUGAAGGCACAUGGGGGAGGAAUUGUAUAGAUCCGGAUUUUUCUUGACCUCAGCACUAGUUGGAAGUAAGUGUUCAGCUUCAUGCCCCAGCUGCUCUACCCAUUGCAUAGGAGGCGGGUGAACCCUGAAGCUGAUUCGGACAACAUGGAGACAAGAAGAUUCUUGACCCUACCAGGAUUCAAAUUCCAACACCUUCGUCAUCCAGCCCAUAGCCAGUUGUUAUACUGACUACACUAUUCCAGCUCCUAUUCCUGAACUGUGUAAUAAGAUUUUCAUUUCAUGCAUCCUGUUGUGUUGUCUCUUUAUUAAGACUGUCA